AUGGAUUUAACUCCAGAGUCUGGAAAGUCUAGCAAUGUACCGGCUAAGAAUGGCGAAGUCAUCAAGUCAAUCUCCGGCCUCAAGGCAUGGCUGAGCAAUGAUCCCAACGUUCCCAAGACUCCCAAGACUCCCGCGAUCCCCAAGACUCCAUCUUUCUUGAAGAAUCAAGUACUUCAAGAGAGUUUAGCCGCAGCGGCCGAGAAUCCAAGUUCAGAUGAGACAAAACAAUCCAGCGACGCUUCAGUUCGUAUGACUGAAGAUCCUACUCAUCCAAGCGCUACUGGGGUGUCGGAUACGAGUCUUCAGGAACAGAAUGAAGCCAAUUACUGCUUUAGGCGACCGCCGUCUAUUUUAAAUACAAUCAAUCAACUCUUGAGUCCCGGAAAGCCCAAGGAGCAAGAACCAGUCAAACGCAGAGCUACGCCAACCGAGCAAGAAUCAGCCAAGCGCAGAGCUACGCCCCCAGGACAAGAACUGGUUAACCGCAGAGCUACGCCGAUUCAUUCAUCACAGUUGACAGACGGCAUGUAUGACUUCGAAGAAAAGUCUCCGCAACAAAGAAAGGUGUCGUGGGCUAUAAGUGAGGGCCUUUCGUGGGACAUCAGCGCAGCUGGUUCAGACAAUAGUCGUCAGAAUCGUCAGGCACGGUAUACUACGCCUGAGGAGGCCAGUGUUUCGCAAAAUAUGGCAUGGCUCCUUCAAAUCUCUAACCCGCCUGCGGUGGUGGAUUUGUUAGCGUCUACCGCAACGGAUCAGCACAAAAAGGAUAUCGAUCCUAUGACAGGAAAAUUCCUGCCAGAAAUCAUCCACCCGGAUACCUUCAAAGCUCUCGGCAAUGGCCCGGCCCGUGGCUAUAGUGAUAUCGCCUGGAGACAGGCCAAUAUGACAGUCGAGUUACAAAUCGAUCGUGAAAUUCGAAGCCGAGAGGUUCUCGCAAAUAAGGCCAAGUUACAGGUGGAAUCCAAACAACCUAAAUUAAAGCCUGCACCUGUUCAGCCGCCGGCUUGGCCCGAUGCUAAAUGUAUCGUACGGCCUGCAAAGCCUGAAGAUUUCGAAGCCAUUGCUACCAUCAUGAAUUUGGAAAGCAAGGCGAAGAUUAACCCGCAAGUGUUUGAAUGGAAGCAAGUUGUGGCAGCAGACGUUCAAAAGAUAUAUGAGAGCUGCCGGGACAACCUGCGCCCAUUUGUUGUUGCUACUGCGACAGAUGACCCCUUACUCGACCCUUCCAAGUGGCCCAAGGAUUCAACACAGGCUUACCAGAGCUAUCUCGCAUUUCGUGCAUCUCAAGCAGAGGUCCCGCAGGAUGUAUUUGGCUUUGCUUAUGUCACCGAAGCCAGAAUUGGAAUGCUUGGGACUCCGUGUCCUGGAUCCAGGCAUGCUGGACAGAUCAAAGUGAUUGUCCACCCCGAUCAUCGAGGAAAAUUGUAUGGCUCUGCUCUACUCGAUAGGGUUUUGCUAUGCACCGCGCCCUUUCAUCGAAGCAUGGUAGAUUACGAGUGGCAGUGCCAAAACUCGGCCAAGAUUUACGAGAAUAUCUCAUACCAGAAUGAUCGGAAAUACGCCUGGGUCUAUAUUGAAACGUUUUGCGCUGAUAAAACCGAUCCAGCGACACAACUGGUGACCAACUUUCUGCAAAAGUUCGAAUUCAAGGAGGUAGGCUGCCUGCCCAGCGCCAUCAAGACAGACCGUUAUUACGAGAGCCAAUGGCUUGACUUGGUGCUGUGGGCACGCGAAGCGCAACCUCGCUCUAACAUCGUGGAUUCUAAGCCGGGCGCCCAGCCAGAGGCGGAUAGGAUGCAAUUGUAUCAGACUUCAGCGAGGCUAAAUAAGAAGUAA